AAGCUCAGCCUCUAUGUAUUAUUCCUAUUAGAGCUAUACACCAUGCUAUAAUAUGGGCUCUGGGCCGCUGCGGCACUGUGGAAUCGUUCACACGUGUAAUCAAGGCGGAACAGGCUGCUCACAACUGCUGAGGUCAGGAGAUCUGCCACUCGGUGUCAUCUGGGGCACAUCACAAGCAGCAGGAACCUACCGGGACUCCACCAAACUGCAGAUUUAGCUUUUAAAGGGUGAAGAAAAGGCAGAACAUUUCCUGGAUGAAAGCCUGCUGCAGUUCUCCUCAACCUGUCCAGCAGAACCAUCUGCAGUCCCAGAUCAGAACCUGCAUGGAUGAAAGCCUGGAGAAGAACCGGCUAUCCUCCAAGAUCCCACCCAGAGAGAACAAGGUCUGAAUACCCUGCACACCUGGUACCUGCAGCACCUUGGAUGGACCCAAGGGCGUUAGAGGCAUCUUAAUUUUAGGAGAACAGGGAUGAAUUGAUAUCUGAAAUGUUCUAAAUAUCAAGUAGUAUCCUCUUUCACAAGGGCGGCACACCGAACAGUGAUAAAUCAUGGGGACUGUCCUCUCAGUGUCCCCAAGCUACCGCAAGGCAGGACUCUUUGAAGGGAGCUCAAGUGUAGCCCAUUAUACUGCCGUCCAGAACAGCAAGAAUGGAAAAUCUCUGAAGAGACAUUCCUUUAUCUCCGUCUUGCCCUGGAAGAGGCUUGUGGCUGUCUCAUCCAAGAAGAGACAGCCGAAGAAGGGUCAAACCAAUGGUAGUUACCAGAAUAAUGUUACUCAUCUCAACAAUGAGAAUCUGAAAAAGUCUUUGUCUCCUUCAAAUCCAUCAAGCUUCACACAUGAUUCUAGAGAUUCCAUUACUAAAGACUCUGUUUCCUCUGGUUGCAAAUCCGUCCAACAGCAGCAAGUGCACUCGUCUCCGAAGCGAGUGGUGGUGCAGGCAUCCACGAGCGAGCUGCUAAGAUGUUUAGGGGAGUUUUUGUGUCGAAGGUGUUACAAACUCAAGCAUCUUUCCCCUACAGAGCCCAUACUGUGGCUAAGAAGUGUUGACAGAUCUCUUCUGCUCCAAGGGUGGCAAGAUCAGGGUUUUAUCACCCCAGCCAAUAUAGUCUUUCUUUACAUGCUGUGUCGAGAUGUUAUAUCUUCUGAGUUGAACAGUGAACAAGAACUUCAGGCAUCUUUGUUAACUUGCGUCUAUCUCUCAUAUUCCUACAUGGGCAAUGAGAUCUCCUACCCACUAAAGCCCUUCCUUGUAGAGAGCUCAAAGGAGGCCUUUUGGGACCGUUGCCUUUCUGUCAUUGGACUGAUGAGCCCAAAGAUGCUGCGCAUCAAUGCUGACCCCCAGUAUUUCACUCAAAUCUUUGCUGACCUAAAAGCUGAAGGUGUACAAGAAGAGAAGAACCGACUGUUGAUUGGGUUGGACCGGUGAACUACAAGGACUGGCAGAGAUGGAGAAGGGACUGUGUUGGGGUCAUAUUGAGAUAAGGCUAUUUAGCUUAGUUUUGUGUUUCGAAGGAAAGACAGAAAAAGACAGUCUCUUAUAUUGUGUUACUGCUUGACUGGUCUCAAGCAGGAAUAGGUCUACACAUUGCAAUGCUCUGCAGGAUGAGUAAAAUGGAUAAGCAUUGCUGGCAUAUUAGAGGUACAGCAAGUCUCGUCAUCUGUGUUCCUGCCUUUGUAAUCCACAUCUUGCUAGGUCUCUAGCUAUCGCCUAGUGAAAUUUUAGUCACCAACUGCUGGCAUAAAAGCUCCAGACCAGUUGUUUUGUGCCUAUAAUGCCAGGCAGGGCAGGAUUAGCAUGAACUCUAGAACUAUUUAGGUCACAGUAGGAACUGUAAAUGGUUGCACUCACAAGAGUAAGGCAGCUUAACACUCCGCUUCCUAAAGCUUGUAGACAGAAAGAUACCUAGAAACCCUACACCAAGUCCUGUAGAUGUAUCCAUAUGCUGUGCUAAACCAGUUAAGAGUCUAUGAAAUUGGGAUACCCAGUUGACUCGACGGUCUGAGGAACAGGGUUGACACUGCUCUGUACUUAACAACUUAGGAAAAACUUGGUUUAGCCUUUAUAGUUUUGCUUAUGGAUAGAUACUUGGCUUGGCUAUUUUCCCUUGUCAUAUUCCAAGCCCUGUUAAAAAGUUACAGACUUAUGGGGAGCCACUCCCAGAAAAUGGUUCUUUCCCUGGGAGAUACCUCUUUGCAUAUAUUUUCCCAUGGAGCAUUGCCAACAGGUCUCCAUACACAGCUGGUCUCUUUAUGGAGAAUUGAAAGAGUAAGUAACCGGUCGUCGUGCCAAGACCAUUUAUGAACAAGUCAAGUAAUUUGUUUGUAGAUAAAAAGUGAGAACAGGUGUAAGGACAGGGUUGGACUAGUUCAUUGUUUAUAUUAGGUUAUCUUGGCUUGAAUUUAUCCCUCCUGGAACUACAGUGGUCUCUAACCUGUGGUUCAAAAGUGGUUGCAAGAUGACACCCCCCAUUAUGCAUUGACAUUUACAUGCUAUCAGAGCAUGUUUGGAAUUGUAAUUUUGCAACUGCUGGGAAGCUAUAGGAUGGAGAUCACUGGACCAUACUAAGUAGACCUGGUAAUAUAAAUCAUUCCUGUAAGCAAGCAUGUUCAGCCUUUGACAGUAAUGUUUUUGGUUGAACUACAAUGCACUUUGGAAACACGGACAUUGGUGAUGCAAUAGGCACCAUAUGAUGUCUCUAAUUGGUUGUCAACAUAAAAUGUCUGCCUCUGCUAUGUGUAUGCAUGAGAUGGAUAGUAGCCCGUUGUAGGAUCCAGACAUUUUAGAAAGUGUCUGGAAGAGUUAAUAUGAUGUCACUAUCUUUGGGUGACAUGUUACGGACCUAAUGGAUGCGCUAAAACUCUAUAUCCCUGGAAUGUGAACUGAACUGAACUAACAUUAAGAUGCUGAAAUAGAAUUUUAUCACUGUGAAAUGGCUCAGGUUGUGUGGCAGAGAGACCUUCCUGGCCAUGUCUUCAAAUAUAUUUGUCCCAUACUUAUAAAAAGUAGCCUUUUAUUUAGGUACUCCAUAAUUCCUGCUGUUAUGUGGAUACAUGCCUCUUCUAGUUGCAGGUAGGACCCUGCCUAUCUUGACUUAUGUAGCUAGCUACUUGAGUGAAGCCUAAAAGAUAUAUGUAACUCAUUACUAGUAACCAGAGCCCAGGACCAAACUAAUACCAGAUUGGUGGGAAAUGGACUAGACCCCUAUGGCUCUGUUAAACUUCUCAAGUGUCUUGAUCAGUAGUUUGUUGAGGGUUUAAUCAACUUUAGCGGUUACUGGGAAAUCCAAAAGAUGGACCCUCCUGUAAUAAAUGAAGGGUGAACCUAGCACCAUGCAGAAGACCAAUCCACCACAUAAGCAUGUGCUCUGAAGGAUGUGUGUGCAUCACUAAAGGGGUUGAGGGAAAUUAUUUCCAGAAACAGCACCACGUCAGGCACAAUCUUGUCUGGUAUUGCAGUUGACUACCAGACACAUGAAGAAGAGUGGCGCGAAUCAUCUUGUGCAACCAUUUAUUGGAGGUCAUUUUCUGAAUUGUUUCAUAAACUUGCCUAGAUCCUGCAUGAAAUGGAAAAUGAUGCACUUUUGCAAUGUAAUGGGUCUCACGUCUAGAUGAGCUAUACUUCAGAUAUGUGCCAAUAAUGUCUUGUUUCCACACUUCUGCAGAUGAGGAAACGGCUAAGAUUCCCAGUUUGUUACUCAUUCAGUGUUAGAGAAAAGUGGUGCUCACGUGUAUGGUGAUGUUUUUACCGUUGCUGUUAGGAUACAGGUUUCUGAUCCAGGUAUAUGUACACUUGGGUUGUACAGUUAGGGGAUGUUCACACGAUUAAAUCUAUUGUAGAUUCCAUAGUGGAAAAUGCCGUGGUUUUCUGCCAUGGAUUCUGCUAUCAAAACGCCACCAACAGCCUCCCAUUGACUUCAGUUGAGGAAAAAAACACCAUGUGCAGAUGGCACAUUUUUUGCCACUAAUUUCAAAUCCACUUCAGAAGUGGCAUGUUUCUUGUUAGACGUGGAUUGAUAGUGGUUUUUGCAGUGAAGCCAAUGGGGAAGCAGAAAAUAUGCUAGCGGUUUUAGCAGCGUUUGUGCCACCAGAAAUGCUUCUGGAUUACCCCAGCCAAACUGGAUAAAAAAAAACUGUGGCAAAAACGCUUCUAAAACUUCUUCUAAAAAUUCAUCCAAAUCUUCAACAAAAAACUCUUCUAAAACGCAUGUAAAAACUCUAAAACUGCCGUCAAAUUAGAAAUCGGCCACCAAGAAUGACCUGUUUUCAGCUACAUCGGCUGCUGAUCUGCUAUUGAUUUUUCUUCUGCAGAUUUUGUUGUGUGAACAUAGCAUUACACUAGUUUCAUAUAGGACACAUGAAAACUGGAUCUGCCUUAAUAAUGCAAUAAGGGUCAAUGGUUGCCAGCUCACAUUGACCCUUCUGAAUAAGAGUAUGUUAUGUAGAGGUUUUGGAUCUAUGUAUACAGCCACUAUUGGAAGUAAUGCAAGGUUUGUGGUCAGUCAUUGCUGGGUCAUAUGUGUGGCUUGGUAUUUGCUGUUACUAUAUGUGCCUGCAUCUUGCCAUCUCCAGCCCAGGGCUGGACUUUCCUUCCAGCUUGGAACUUAAAAGUCCAAAAACGACGGGACUUAUUAGGUCCAGCAGAGGACAAUCCCUUAUAAGUGGGUGAAUGUCACUUUCUGCUCAGAUUUAUCACUUGCUUGCAAGGCUAGAGGCUGGUACUUCAUGUACGUGGGCCCAUGAGCAACCAAGUUAUAGUUGGCCUCCUGUCAACCGCCAUUAAACAUGUUGACAGAGUAACAUGGGCCAACCCAAAUGCCAUGAGCCCUGACAUCUCGCAGGAGUGACAUGGGGCCAACCUAAAGACUGUGAACCCUGACAUCUACCCUGGCUUUGAGAAUAAUUUCCUCUGCUGUUACCCAUAAUCAACAUUAUAAUUGCACUAUUUUAAUCGGAAGCCAAAUCCAAGAAAUGUUGACCUAUUCUAGAACUUCUUAGGCCUCUUUCACACAGGCGAGAUUUCCACGCAGGUGCAAUACGUGAGGUGAACGCAUUGCACACGCACUGAAUCCAGACCCAUUCAUUUUUAUGGGGCUGUGUACA